AUGGAGAUGGACGACGACGUCGAGGAGCGCCUGCAGCUCCAUAGCGAAGUGAUGAGCCUGCGGAAGGAGCUGGAGCUUGUGAAGGAGGACGAGGCGCGGCUGCGGGUGCAACUUCGUAAUUCAAAGAAACUCGUCAACGAAUUCGACCCGCAGGUCGCGAAGCUUGUUUCAGUGCUGGAGGAUGAGGCGCAACAGUCCCAAUUGCAUAAGCUUUGGGAGGAAGAGUGUCAAGCAUUGAACCCAGAUGAAAUGGACUGGUCCACCAUCGACGUCACGAACCUCAAUGAGCGGGUCUACGAUGUCCGAAAAAUGUACAUGUUGGCCAGUGAAAAAGCUGAUAUGCUCUAUGCUGACAAGGAUGCAAAGAUAAAUAAUCAUACCGACAACCGUGAGCAGGGUAAAGCGAAGCUCAAGGAACGUUUUGAAGAAGACAUGGAAGGCUUGAAUGAGCUUCGCACACGGUUGAAGCAGAUCAAGGACGAGCACCUGUUCCACCAACAUCGUGGUACGGCCCGCGUCGCCAAUCGCAACCUCGUGUCCGAUGAAAGGAAAAAGAUCGACCGGCAGAACCGUGUGGGUAAUAUUGAAGUCCGUACGUCCGCAAAGGUUGAUGCCUUGAAAAGCUCACUAACAGAACUCAUGGAAGAAUGUAAGGUGUUGAAAAAACAGCUGGAUGAGUCCCAACGUAUAUCUGAUGAGAGGAAAAAAGCAUUGGAAGAGUCACUGAAGAAAAUGCAGGAUGAAGGCACUGAGGCUCGUGAUAUGCGGCAGGUGCUGGAGGAGGAAAAAGAAGAAUUAUCAACCCUAAAGUCUGAUUUGCAGGGUGUGUUGUUUUACGUUCGUGCUGCAAAACGGGAGGAGGAAAUCUUCUAA